AUGAUUACGAGCAGGAUCCCAGCUGCCACAGCAGAGUUGUUGAUUGGGGUUCCUCUCCAAUUUAGAAACCUCAUCUACCAAACCGCUGCUGGAAUGAACCCCUAUGUCAAAUUCCCCUUCCAUGAGAUUAAACUGAUCCGAGGCACACGCCCACAUCCACCCCACACUGAUCGCCAAGAAGUCCGUAACUCGAUCACGCUUCAGUUCAAUGGCGCUCCCGAAGGUCCUAUUGUAGCACACCUCUUCAAUGAUGGAACCAUAAAAACCUCCCGCGAAAUGCAUGAUGAGAACAAUCGACGGGCAGCUGAGGAAACACGGUUGAUUACGGAAGAAAAUAAAUUCCCCGCACUUCAACAAACAGCCGCACGAAAACAAGCUGAGGCAAGAAUGAUGUCGAGAAUCUAUGCUGUGAGUGAUAAUUCCUCAUUGAGUAUCAUUCAGAAACAGUUGGAAAAGGACGGUGCACAACAGGAGUAUAGAUUCUUUCUGCUGCGCCAGGCUGACGCAAGAGCUGCGGUAGCCGCUGACGCAAGGGAAAAUUGA